GCUGCGAGUAACAACGAAACUAAAACUUCCACUUAGGUUUACUACUCUAACGUUAACUUCCUCGCUUCUCUUUCCUCGCCGCCUUCUUUCCUUCUAACUUAACUUCACUUCUCUUUCUCUGCUUGCAGGUGAACUAUGAAGGAUUUUCUUUAGCAAAUUGCUUUAUGGUAGUAUGACUGUUGUAUGGUUCAUGCGCAACUAUUGAUGGAUGUUGGUCCAGAUAGUAAACCACAUUGUACUGCAAAAGCUGCACUUGACAAAGAGAAGAAGACCCCCUUGGACCGCUUAGAUGGGAAGAGUUCAAGGUGCAUGAAUAAUUGCAAGGAGAGCAUCAAUAGCAUGGAGGUUCUGUUGCAUAAACAAAAUAAGGCUUCCAAUAGUCCUGAGGAUGUUGAAGUUGAUAUAAUUGGAUGCACAAAUGAUGGUGACACCAGAACAGUUAAAACUGAGGACCCAGAUGCAACUGAAUGUUCCAGCUCAUUUGCCGACACUACAUCUGAUACUGAGAAAUGUUCUGGAUUGAAUGAUGCUGAAGUGGAGUCCCAGUUCAUUGGUGAUGCUGCUUUUGUAUCUACUUAUGAUGCGUAUAAUAGUAUGUUUCAUAUAAGGAAGAAGAGGUUGACAAGUCAUUGGAGGAGCUUCAUACGGCCACUCAUGUGGCGCUGCAAAUGGGCAGAACUGAGAAUCAAAGAAAUUGAGUCUCAAGCACUAAAAUAUGGCAGCGAACUUGCAGCAUACGAUGAGAGAAAACUUUCACGAAUUGAUCAAUCUACAGUGGAAGGUUUUGGUUCAAAGUCAUUGCCAUUUUCUAGUCCUUGUUACCGUAAAAAGGCGAUAAAGAGGAGGAGACGGAAGAGAAUCGAAGAAACAACUGAUAUAACAUCAUACAUGUCAUGCCAUAACUUAUUUUCCUAUCUUGAAAACAAGAAAACCAUUCCAGAUGGCACAUAUAUUGCUGAUGAUUUGGCCAACACAGCCAAUAUGGACCAACAAACUGAUUGCAGUGGUAAAUUUGGCAUUAAUAAUGAUCAAUUGCUUUUGGAGUUCAGAGAUGGUAAUAAUUCCUUGGAGCAAGUCCUUUGGAAAAUUGAAAUUGUGCAUUCUAGGGUUCAAAAAAUCAGGAGUCAGCUUGAUCUGGUGAUGUCCAAAAAUGCUUCAAAGUUUUCUUCCUCGGAGAAUUUGAGCCUCCUUGCAGCUUGUGAUGCUCAGACCAGCUCUGCUCCAAGCCCUACAUUUUCAGCUGGCAAUGGAGACACAAUAUCAGUGGGACCUGCAUAUACUACAACUCAGCAAAUUUCAGAAUAUGAUGUUGGAGAUCUGGUUAUGCCUGCAAGUUCUAUUUCAACUUAUGGGGAAACUUUUCAUGUUCCUGAUAUAAUUGAAAGCACUGUUGGAUUGUUGUCAUCUGCUGAUGUUACCUGCCAUCAGCCACAAAUUGGAGACUCUUGUGAAGAUAUUGUGGAAAAUGUUCUGAUACAAAAUGAAGGAAAUGCUGGAGAUAGACAGGUUUUAAUGAGGACAAAUAGUCAACCUAUAGGGCAACAUCAUCAACCAGAGAAAGUUGAAGAAGGAGAGAGCACCGAUCCUUCUCCUAUUCCAACAUCAGAACCUAAUCGUGCAACAAAAAGCAUCGUGUCUCAGGAUCAAUCAACUCUGAGGUCAUGUCUGGCCUCGGACAUCUGUUUCCCUAGGAACAAAAGAAAGCGAGGGGAGCGUAAAGCUGGUUCUGGUGGUUGGAGCAGGAAACACUCAGGUGAACCUGAUAGCCAAUGAGUUCAUUUUUUAUGGUUCACUAGCCUAAUAGGCCCGACAUUUCUCUACUAAGUUGAUCACAGAGGCACUCAAUGGCACUGUAAAGAAAGUACCAUGGUCUUGAUGCUAUAGACGUGUUGUUGAAAGGUAACUCCUAGACAUGGUUUUCAGAUCCUCUAGGUUGUAGUUCUGAUGAGCUUGACAGCGAGUGGCAGUCUUCUUGGGGUCGAAAAUUAAAUUGCAUUUCCAUGAUGAUGACGAUAGUCUGUAGUCUGUAAGCAAAAACUAGUGUUGUUAUGUAGUUUCUUCAAGUUUAGAUUUGCAGACGCCAAGAGCUAAUUCUCCAUUCCAAUUUUUCAAUGCAACUGUCAUUGAGUUGAACCGCUAAAGUUAAUUCUACAGGCUCUUGUCCACUUCAAUCUGUUUAGUGGCUUGCAGCAAGUAGACUCAUCAAAGUUGAAAGUAAUUGUAUGCCUAAAAUCUUGGUUUUGGUCAUAAAUUAAUCAUUGUUGUGAUUUUCUGU